AUGUAAUAAUUAAGCGCUUAUACCUUGUAAUUCAAUUGAAUCUAUAUAUCAGACUAUAAGAAUUUGAGAAGUAAAGUGAGCUAGAUAUAAGUUCGCUUAGGAACGAAUUCUAAAAAGAUUCAACCUAUGUAAUUGAAGUGUGUGCAAAUGAAUAAAAAUUAAACAAUGUUGCAAUAUUUAAGAAUCCAUUUUUUUAAAAUCAUUUAUUGACUGAAAACUCAUUUCUAUAAAUUAUCAAGUAAGGGAAAGUAGACACUUAAAUUGGUAAAUUUAUAUUAUAUUAUAGCUACAAUGGGAUCUCCAUAUGCAAUCACAUUAAAUGAGAAGAAUUUAAAAAAUUAAGAUGAUCUUUAUAAAUUUAUUGUAAGAAAUUUAGACAAAACUUUUACAGUUUAAGAAAUCAGACACAAUUUUUAUACAGUUAGUGUAAGUUUUUGUGAAUUCUUAAAAUCAUUUAUAAUUUCAUCAAGUGGAUAAACAAUAAUAUGUGAAGAUAAGAAUGAUAUUUCUCAAUAUAAUUAAAUAUAAGGCUAUGAAAGAGCUUGUAAAGUAGCUAUAUUAUUCUUUAAUAUACAUUCAAAAAUGAAUCAUAAUCAAUAGAUCAACUUUGCUAAGGAUCUUAUACAUAGAAGUCUAGUUGGAUGUAGAAACUCAUCAAAUUUUAUUGAAUGGUAUACAAUUAUGGAACAUUAUUAGUCAUAAAGAAUACUACCACCCAAUAUUGUUAAGAAUUUUCUUAAUCAUUAUAAUUUAGAAUUUGCUAAAUCAAAUGAAUAAUAAACAAAUCUAUUAAAUUUCCCAUCAAUAUAUGAUUCAAUAUAUAAUUAAAUAAUAGAUAAAUAUCAUGAUUAUUAUAAAGGAAAAACAAUUUAUUUUUGGAAAGAUGAUAAAUAUUUAGGAAAUUGUUAUAUUCCUUCUAAACAUUUUGAAAUUUUAAGGCAAAUCAAAANUAAUUACAAUAUUAAUCUAAUAUUUCAUUUUAUUCCUUUUAACCUUUAUAUAUCACUUGAUUAAAUUAAUCAUCUCAUUGUUUUUAGUUUUCUAAACUAAUUCCUAAAACUAUUUAUUAUUCUUUUAUUAUUAAAAAUAAUGUAAUAAUUAAGCGCUUAUACCUUGUAAUUCAAUUGAAUCUAUAUAUCAGACUAUAAGAAUUUGAGAAGUAAAGUGAGCUAGAUAUAAGUUCGCUUAGGAACGAAUUCUAAAAAGAUUCAACCUAUGUAAUUGAAGUGUGUGCAAAUGAAUAAAAAUUAAACAAUGUUGCAAUAUUUAAGAAUCCAUUUUUUUAAAAUCAUUUAUUGACUGAAAACUCAUUUCUAUAAAUUAUCAAGUAAGGGAAAGUAGACACUUAAAUUGGUAAAUUUAUAUUAUAUUAUAGCUACAAUGGGAUCUCCAUAUGCAAUCACAUUAAAUGAGAAGAAUUUAAAAAAUUAAGAUGAUCUUUAUAAAUUUAUUGUAAGAAAUUUAGACAAAACUUUUACAGUUUAAGAAAUCAGACACAAUUUUUAUACAGUUAGUGUAAGUUUUUGUGAAUUCUUAAAAUCAUUUAUAAUUUCAUCAAGUGGAUAAACAAUAAUAUGUGAAGAUAAGAAUGAUAUUUCUCAAUAUAAUUAAAUAUAAGGCUAUGAAAGAGCUUGUAAAGUAGCUAUAUUAUUCUUUAAUAUACAUUCAAAAAUGAAUCAUAAUCAAUAGAUCAACUUUGCUAAGGAUCUUAUACAUAGAAGUCUAGUUGGAUGUAGAAACUCAUCAAAUUUUAUUGAAUGGUAUACAAUUAUGGAACAUUAUUAGUCAUAAAGAAUACUACCACCCAAUAUUGUUAAGAAUUUUCUUAAUCAUUAUAAUUUAGAAUUUGCUAAAUCAAAUGAAUAAUAAACAAAUCUAUUAAAUUUCCCAUCAAUAUAUGAUUCAAUAUAUAAUUAAAUAAUAGAUAAAUAUCAUGAUUAUUAUAAAGGAAAAACAAUUUAUUUUUGGAAAGAUGAUAAAUAUUUAGGAAAUUGUUAUAUUCCUUCUAAACAUUUUGAAAUUUUAAGGCAAAUCAAAAUGUACAUAAAUAAUUCUAAAUCAAACUUUUAUAUGAAUUAACCUCCAAAUUUUCUAUCAUAAUUUAAUUUAAAUUAAUAAGAAUAUGAAUUUUAUUUAAAAUGCUUAAAUCUAAUGUUUAGUAUUCCAUUUAAUAAAAGAAUAACCUAUAAAUUUCUUGAAUUGUCAACUCUUGUUUUCAAUUGUGUUCAUAAAAGAUUAACUAAUAUACCAUAAAGAUUAGAUUAUUAAUUGUCUCUUGCUUAAUGUUUAAAACCAUAAACUACUAUUAUUGUUUUAAUUCCAGUAGGUAUCAAUGGAAUGGGUUAUGAUGAAAUUUGUUAACAUAUUAUUAAAAUGUGUGAAGGAGUUAAAAUAGUAAGUAAAAUUGAUUAGGUUAAUGAUAAUCAAAUACUCUAUUUAUUUGAUUAAAUUUGUUCACUUAAAUAAUUAAAAUCAAUUCAUGAUUAAUUAAAAUAGCUUCCCUAUGAUAUUAGAACUAUUGCUUUAUAUCCAGAAUGUUCACAUUAUUAUUUAUCAGAAAAAUAAUCCAGAUUUCCAUUCUCUUUUAAAUUUAUUAUGUUUUGUUUAUUAUCUGUUUUGGAUCAAAGAGACCAAGUUAAUCGAAUAAUAAAAUAAUUAAAAGAUUUUGAAAAUCAGUAUCUUAAUCAUUUACCAUCAGAUUAUUAAAUUAGUUGUCAUUAUAUACCAUAAAAAAAAGAGGCUGAUGAUCUUUAUGGCGAGAUAGUUGAGUCAGAUUUCAAAGCAGCAUUUUCAUUCACAAAUGAUUAUUUAAUAGAGAGUUUAUCUUAAUAUAAAGAUUAUGUAGGAAACAUUCCUAAAGGAUAUUUAUUAGAUUAAGCAAAGAAGAUAAUUAAUUAAAUUGAGGACAAAGUUAAAAUUAAUAUAACAAAAAAGAAAUAAUUAUUGUAUAAUAAAACAAAUUCAAAACUUGAAAAACAAUAUGUAUUAUAUAUUUAAAAUCCAAAUUGGGAUGAUAUAGAUAAUUUCAUCUUUGAUUGUCUUGAAAUUAUUUUAAAGAAUUAUCCAAAAGACACUUAUGCUAAUUUAAUGUAUCAAUAAUUAAAUUAAUAAUUUUUUUAAAAAAGAAAUACAUAAACUUAUUAAAGAGAAAACUAACCUUAUAUGUUAUCUAAAAAAUCAGAAUAGAAAGAAAGGUAAGUCUAGGUAUAAGUAGCAGUAAUUGUUGUUGAUGGAAUAAUAAUUCUGCAACCAUAGGAUUUAGGAUUAAAUCUUUUAUAAGAUAUACCAAUUUAUUCUAACAAUAUUGAAGUGACAAAUUCAGAAAGGAUAGCUCAAUUUGUAAAAUCAAAAGUGGAGAAAUUGUAUGAUAAGUAAACAAAGGAGGAAACCAUAUUUUAAUUGGAUCUAGAAUUGAAUUAUAAGGUGUGGAGAGUAUAUUUAGUGAAAUUGAAGCCAAUAAUAAUUAAUUUAGUUGAGGGAUUAGUUGAGAGAUUAGUUAAUUGA